AUGAUAUCUAGCAAUUUGGAUCCAAGUUUCAAUCAACUAGCAGCAUGUUCAAGCUUUAGCUCCGUACGUGGACCAAAUAGCUCUCCCCUGACAGUAGUUGGCUCUGCUUUCUUAUCAGCAACUGCCUUGUUUCAGAAAGCUGCAGAAAUGGGUGCAAAGAUCAGUAGUGACAAUUCAAUCGCCCCAGUUCCCCUUAGAGGAUUUACAGGGUACUGUACUAGCAAUAUGAACUCAUCUGGCUCAGUUCAGGAGGCGUCUUCAAUUGGUGGUGGUCCUAAUAUGGGGCAUAUUCCCGUAACUACCAAUGGUUCAUAUGCUGGAAAUCCAAAAACUUUUGGCAAGAUAACAGAUGCACGAAAUCAAAGAGGAUAG